AUGAGUCAUCCAUACUUUAAUAAUGAUGAUGCCGAGCAUCAGCACCAGCAUCAGCCACAGACAAUGUACAACCAACCAACAAUGUUCUCCCAAGAACAUCAACCACAACAACAACAGUACACAGCGACAUCACCUAUUCAACAACAACAGAGUUAUUAUGAUACAUCUGCAAACAUUGUGUUUAGACCAGAUAAGCAACAACAACAAGCUCAAUACUCUGUGUCAUCACCAACACUCUACAACUACUCCGCCAGCUCGAUGCAUGGACAUGAUCACGAUGAGCAUGACCAUGGUCACAGUCACGGACAACAUCAUCAAACAUCUUAUGCUGCGGUCUCCCCUAGCGCAUCCUCAACAACCUCGUUCUAUCAGUCACUAGGAAACAUCGGCUCGACUGCGUCUCUGUACGAGACACGACUCACCUGGAGACACAUGUAUGACAACCUGCUCAACGACUCUGAUGCCAAGAAGCUGGCGAUGUGGAUCGUCGUCAUGCUGGUGUUCACGCUGUACGAAAUCUUCUACGGAGCCUACCUCGAGAGUCUGGGACUGGUGUCGGACGGCUUCCACGCGCUCUUUGACUGCAUCGGCUUCAUGAUCAGUCUGGCAUCGAUCCUCGUCGGAAAGAAGGGAUCGAACCGCGAGUUUACCUAUGGCUACGACCGCUGGGAGAUCCUUGGCGUGUUCUCCAACGGCUGCUUCCUACUCUUUGUCUCCUUCUUCCUGUUCCUCGAGUCGACCGAGAGACUCUUGGAGCCACCCCACAUUCACAAUCAUGGUCGCGUCAUAUCACUGGCGUUUGUAAGUUUAUUAAUCAACAUCACUGGAAUUCUGUUCUUUAGGAAGCAUUCUGUUAUGAAUGAGAAAGGUCGUGCCAGACAUGAGAACUUCAUGACCAUCACCUCUCACAUCUUUGCCGAUAGCUGUACAAGUGUUGGAGUUAUAUUCUCUGCUCUGCUUGGUAGUACACUUGGAAUCGAGAUAUCAGACUCGUUGAUAUCAAUCAUCAUCGCUUGUAUCAUUGUAUACGAUGUGCUGCCUAUUUGCCUGAGAACGGGCAAGGUGUUGCUGCAGACUACACCUCAGCCAUUGGUGGCCCAGCUCAACUCGGCCUGCAGAGAGACAGAGUCGAUUGGCGGCGUGCUUGCAUUGAAGGACAAGCACUUCUGGACCCAAGCACAUGGCAGCUAUGUUGGAUCGAUUCACGUUGUCGUCAAGGACGAUUGUGAUGAGCAACAGAUACUAAAAAGCGUCAGGGACAACUUCAACUUCAUCCAGAACCUAACGGUCCAGGUGGAGAAGGAGCAUGACCAUGGUCACGGACACAAGCACGCACAUGAGCAUAAGCAACCAAAGAAGAAGCAGCAUGGCCACGACCAUCAUGGUCAUGGCCACGAUAAACAUGAUGAUCAUCAUGGACACAGCCACGGUGUUGGACACCAUGACGACGAUGAUUGUGACGACAAAGAACAUAACCAUCAACACGAUCAUCAAGAGCAUGGCCAUGGACACGACGAACAUGAUGAGCACGACGACCACCAUGGACACAGCCACGACCGUCACGACGACCACCAUGGACACGGCCAUGACCACCACGGACACAGUCAUCAUUAA